UCGCCACUCUCCUCUUUCGUUCGACUGCGGCUUCAAACCCUUGGACGGGUUUUCACACAAGUAUUAGUAUUUUGAAAUUGGUGCCUGCGCAGAUUGAAAGGGUUCGCUUUGUUGUACUCCUUAAUUGCUUAUGGCGGAGGAAGAACCAGUUGACCAGAAGAAGUACUUUGAAGAUUUAUGCAAGCCCAAGUGUGUUAGAGCUUGGCUCGAGUAUCAGGGAUGUGUGAAAAGGGUGGAGGCGGAUGAAAGCGGACACAAGCAUUGCACGGGGCAAUAUUUUGAUUAUUGGCGUUGUGUUGACAAAUGUGUCGCACCUAAGCUAUUCAAGAAGCUCAAGUAACAUUCCAUCAAGAUCCAUAUCUUCAUCUUCAUCUUCAUCUUCAUCUUCAUCUUCAUCUUCAUCUUCAUCUUCAUCUUCAUCAUUCUCAUUCUCAUUUUUGUUAUGAAAUCAAGAAUGAGUUGUGUGUAUUUUGUUUGGAUGAAUUUGAUGGAAUUUAACCAUUUAGGUGCUUGUUUUCACCUACAAAACUUUGAUCCAAUGUUAUACUACUCACACCGUUC